AUGUCGGCUGCUCCCGAGUACGAACCCCAAAACAUGGGUGCCUUAUUGGCAGCCCUGACGCAACCGGACACGAACACCAUUCGUCAAGCUGAACAGGCGAUGAAACCCUUGUUGAAAGAUCCUCGCUGCAUUCCAGCCCUCAUGUUGAUUUUGCACAGGGAUCCCAACAAUGCUGCCGUGGUGGCCGUGGCGACUCCUCCCGUUCGUCACAUUGCCGCUGUCGUCUUGCGAAAACGAUUGACGGGCCACUAUGCCAAUUUGGACCCCAACUACAAAACCCACUUGAAAGCGGAAAUUCUGCAGAUUCUAGCGCAUGAAUCGGAACGAUCCGUCCGCAAUGGAAUGGUGGGCGUGGCGGCCGCCAUUGCCAAAUUGGAAUGCACGGCCGGUGGAACUUCGUGGCCUGAAUUAUUCAAUUUCUUGGCGGCCGCGGCGGCCAAUGAAAACCCCAUGGCACGAGAAUUGGCAUUUUCGCUCCUCAGCGAAAUGACGGAAACGGUCUACACACAUCUCAAGGAACAAUUCCAAUCCAUUGCGGGACUCUUCCAGGCGGCAUUUGCCAACCCCAACGAGUCACCGGCUGUGCAAAAAGCGGCUGUGCAAGCAUUGGGACAAUUGCUCUCCUUUUUGGCGGAUGAUGCCGAAGUACAAGUCUUUGCCUACCUUAUUCCGGCCAUUCUGCAAGUGGCCAGUCGUCAUGCUCACGAUGAUGAAGAUCUGGUGGCGGUCGUAUUGGAUGUACUCUACGAUUUGGCAUAUUCACCGGUACCUGCCAUUACACAACACUUGACACCCAUGGUGACCUUUUGUCUGGAAGCCAUGAAAUCCAGUGAGCUCGAAAUGAGAGUCCGUGAUUCGGCUGCUCUCGUUGUCGCCACUCUGGCCGAAGCCAAACCCAAAACGUUUGGAAAAGAACAAGCAUUGUUGGCACAAGUAUUGGAGGUACUCUUCACACUCAUUGAAAAUUCACCAGAGUCGGCGGCUGGAGCACUCUUUGAUUCCAAUCCAAUGUGGAGAGAAGAUUUGUUGGCCGAACAAGGAGGCACCAUGGACGAUCCCGAUGAUCCCUACGAUAAUCCCACGGAAACCAGCAUGGCACAGGGAACGCUCGAUAUGCUCGCCUGUGAAAUACCCAAAAAGUACAUUCUCGAACCGCUCCUCAGCAGAUGCAUGUCCCGCAUCGCCGUACCCGAUCCCAACAAACGCAAGGCAGGAAUCGCCUGUUUGGGCGUCGUCGCCGAAGGAUGUGCCGAACCACUGAGAGAUCAUUUGGCCGAUAUCAUGCCACAAGUAUUGGGAGCCGCACGAGACGAAAAUGCCCAAGUACGAGAGUGCGCCUGUUUCUGUCUGGGACAAAUCUCGGAACAUUGUCAACCGGAAAUUCUUGGAUAUUCCGAACAGAUUUUGCCCACCAUUUUCUCCUUGUUGGAUGAUACUACCGUCGCGGUGCAGGCCACGUCGUGUUAUGUGUUGGAAAUGUUUUGUGAACGUUUGGAACCACAAGCGGUUCGACCCAUGCUCGAUAGUCUGGUACGCAAGCUUGCGGCCAUGUUGGAAGGAACUACCAAACGAUCCGUUCAGGAAAUGGCCGUUGCGGCCAUGGCGGCCACGGCAGUGGCGGCCGAAGAAGAAUUUACGCCCUAUGUGGCGGGUGUCGCCAGUUUGAUGCAAAAAUUAAUGGUCCUGCAAGAGGAACGACUCUUCUCCUUGCGUGGAAGGGCACUGGAAUGCAUGGGACACAUGGCCAUUGCCGUGGGACGAGAUACCUUCCGGCCUUACUUUACCGCCACAAUGCAGUGUGCCUGUGAAGGAUUGACAACCAACUCGACCGAUUUGCAGGAGUUUGCCUAUGCCGUUUUUGCCAAUCUGGCCAAGGUCAUGAAGGAAGAAUUUGCUCCCGCUUUGGGAGAUCUUGUCCCUCAUUUGAUUGAAGUGAUUGGAACGGAUGAAGGACAAUUGGAGCCUGCAGAAGAAGCCGAAAAGGUAGGUGCUUUGGCCGGCUUGGACGAUUCCGACGAAGAAGACGAGGAGGGAGGCAACUACGUGCUGCACGUCAGGACGGCUCUUUUGGAAGUCAAGAAGGGCGCCAUUACGGCCAUUGGAGAAAUGACAGCACACACUGGAGCCGCAUUUGUUCCCUUCUUGGAAGAGGUGAUGCAAGUUUUGCAAAAGGCUGCAAGCAACUGGCACCCACUCAUCAAGUGUGAAGUAGCGGAUGCUCUUCCAUCGCUUGUCAUGCCAUGUAUUGCUGCCUAUCAUGAAGGCGAUCUUAAAUGGACCAAGGGAGACGUUGCUGGACCCAAUCCGAUGAGUCAGCCCACACAAGCCAUCGUGGCGGCUGUGCUUACUGAGUUGAUCAUGCUGAUGAAAGACGAUGACAAAUCUACGGUUGGAAAGUCAUGCGAAGGAAUCCAGAGUGUCAUCGAAGUUUGUGGACCCCAUGCACUGCUCCCAGUCGCCAAUGAUUGUCUGACCAAUACCUAUGAGCUACUCUCCAAAACAGCGCCUUGCCUUGCAGCAGAAGAGAUGUACGGCGAGUUCCCUGAGGACGAUGACGAUCAUGAUGUAGUCAUGCAGGCAGCUUGUGAUUUAGUUGGUGGCUAUGGACGAGUGAUGGGAGCACAGUUUGCGCAGUACUUGCCACAAUUUCUCCCCGCAAUCUGCAACUACGCCAAGUCCUCGCGGCCUCCCAGUGAUCGAUCGAUGGCAGUUGGGUGUUUGAGUGAGCUGGCACAAGAAUUGGAAGGUGCCAUCGCUGAGCACUGGAAAGGAGUGUUCUUGCCCGCUGUCAUUGCUGGUUUGGCGGAUGCCGAUGAGAAUGUGAAGCGAAAUGCUGCGUUUUGCGCAGGAGUUUGCUGUGAACACUUGAAAGACCAAGUGGCUGGUGACUACCCACAAAUUCUGCAAGGUUUAUCUCCCCUCUUUAGCAUUAAUGUUUCCGGCGGACCCCUUCCCGAAGGUACUGCUGCUUGCGUCGACAACGCCGCUGCUGCCGUGGCUCGCAUGAUCAUGGCUUCCCCGAACAACGUUCCCAUGGCUCAGGUAUUGCCAGCGAUGCUAGCCAUUCUUCCUUUGAAGACAGACAUGACAGAGAACGAAACGGUGUACAAAUGUCUUGGCGGUUUGUUGGAAAUGAACCACCCAGAGAUUUUGAGCCGCAAGGCCGAAGUCAAGCGAAUAUUUACGGAGGCUGUGGCGGCAGAUUCAAAGGUGGAAGACGAAAUCAAGGCGAAGCUGACUCAAAUGAUUCCGAGUUUGUAA